AAAAAGAGAAAAAAGAGAAAGCAUUGAAAUUUCUUUCUACUCUGGAACAAGCACCAAAGCAAAUGUUGGUUGCCUUUUUAAGACUCCGACUUGAAAGGCCAUGUGCCAGGAAGUGUCUUUGAUUUGCUGGAGCCUGAGCCUUUGUUAUGAGCACAUUUUGCCAGUGUAGGUGAGAAGACCUGACCAGUGCAGAAGAGGGCAGAAUUAUGUGGCACUGCUGUGAAACUGCAAUUCCUGAACACCACAGGGACUUUUUGGGUUUGGAAUCUGUUGCCUGGAAUCCAGAAAACGAGAAAACCAGGGAAGAGAUGGUGUCAGCAGGCACUUAGAGGAAGCUGGAAAGUAGUGAUGGAGUCCUCUGCAUGUCAGGGGUGAAGAGGAUAGACAGAAGGACAGUGAAAGACUGCCUCACUUAGUGAAGUGAGGGGUUUGGGGAGCAGAUAGGAUAGGGAAAGUACAGGCAUGAAUCAUGAGGAGUAGGAGUUUGUGGGGGAGCGGUCAGGCGGGUGGUGAAAGCAGGAAGCAGAGGAAAUGAGUGCCAGUUCUUCAGGUGGUGAACUGACGCUUGGGGCCGGUCAGGUCGCAGCAGAUGGCAGCUGAUGUCCAUGGUAAUGCAGCCUCAAAAGCACAGGCACAAAGGGCACCUGAACUUCUCCCAGAGAUCCAGACAGAGCUCCAUCUUAUGUAUGUGUAAUCUGAGGAGAGAGGCAGUUUUAUUUCUGCCAGCCCUUAGUACCCUUUUGUCUCCUACCAUAAAAAACCCGUCCUCAUUGCCCAUGAAAUCUUUGCUACAAAUUGAUGAGUAGCAGAGGUUUGUGUGAAUGAUGGGAGGGUACUGUAGUUAGAAGAUGGAGGGAUGAAAUGAGCAGGGGAUGUAAUGAACAUAAUAUUGGUGCAGGCACACCAAAAGUUGGAAAAGAGGCAACAGAAGAGAAGAAAGUACACAGGCAACACAGAAAAUAUGACAAGAUGAAUAGGAAGGACAUUGGUAGUAGACUGGGUGGGUGUUCACCAAAUAGAUGGGAGGAAAGCAAUUUGGGUAUGAGUAAUUCUUGCUAGAAUUACUGUAUGGGAUUUCGUUACUCUGUUCUUGUUUCUGUGGCAUGGCAGAAGUUGAUUGCUAUCAAUCAAGGUAUUUCUUGUGUCUGAGGCUGAGAAACACUUUUCUUCUGCUCUUGGUUCUCAAAAAAAGCAUUGGGUGAAGAGCUGUCCUCGUCAUAGUGGGCACUUUGGGUGGAAGUGCUUGACAGAAUAACUGGGAGGCAGCUUGUGUCCAGCUGGAUACCACAAUGACUUGUUAGCUCAGCUGUCUUUAAAAUAUGGAGGCCUUCCAGCUGAGCAUCACACAACUACAGAACACCUUGGAAAAUUAUUAGUGUUCCACUGUUUUUGUUCCAGUUCUGUGUCUGGCUAUAUUUCUCCCUCAGCUUCUGUAAAAGAGAAGGCCCAAGUGACUGCACUGGAGGCUGGACAGUACCCCAAAGGAGAGUUCCAGAGACACUGUGACUGAUGAGAGUUCAAGGCCAUGGAUGAAGAUGGGCUUGAAUUGCAGCCACAUGAGCCAAAUGCAUUUUUUGAUCCAGGAGCUGAUGCAGCACACAUGGAUGGAGAUCAGAUUGUUGUGGAAGUACAGGAAACAGUAUUUGUUUCAGAUGUGGUCGACUCAGAUAUAACUGUGCAUAAUUUUGUUCCUGAUGAUCCAGACUCUGUAGUAAUCCAGGAUGUCAUUGAGGAUGUUGUUAUCGAGGAUGUUCAGUGCCCAGAUAUCAUGGACGAGCCAGACGUGUCUGAAACAGUCAUUAUUCCUGAGCAAGUGCUGGACACAGACGUAGCUGAAGAGGUUUCUUUGGCUCAUUGCACUGUCCCGGAUGAUGUUUUAGCUUCUGACAUAACAGCAGAGACAAUGUCUAUACCAGAACAUGUACUGACAACUGAGUCAAUGCAUGUACCUGAAGUUGGACACGUAGAACAUGUAGUUCAUGAUAACGUUGAAGAAGCAGAUAUUGUCACUGAUACUCUGGGAACAGAUGUUGUUUCUGAGGAAGUCUUGGUGGCAGACUGUGCAUCAGAGGCAGUGAUUGAUGCCAAUGGAAUCCCUGUGGAACAUCAAGAUGAGAAGGGCAACUGUGAUGAUUACCUUAUGAUUUCCUUGGAUGAUGCUGGUAAGAUAGAACACGAAGGUUCUGCUGAAAUUACCAUGGAAGCAGAGUCAGAAAGUGGCUCUUGUAAAGUGGAUGGCAUUUGUCCAGAAGUCAUCAAGGUCUAUAUAUUCAAAGCAGACCCUGGAGAAGACGAUUUAGGGGGCACAGUAGACAUUGUGGAGAGCGAGCCAGAGAAUGACCACGCAGUUGGAUUGCUGGAUCAAAAUAGCAGUAUUCGUAUUCCGAGGGAGAAAAUGGUGUACAUGACUGUAAAUGAUUCUCAGCAUGAAGACGAAGACUUAAAUGUUGCAGAAAUAGCUGAUGAGGUUUAUAUGGAGGUGAUUGUAGGAGAGGAGGAUGCCGCAGCCGCCCAUGAACAGCAAAUCGAUGACACCGAAAUUAAAACUUUCAUGCCCAUAGCUUGGGCAGCAGCUUAUGGUAAUAAUAACGAUGGCAUCGAAAGUCGGAAUGGCACUGCAAGUGCUCUUUUGCACAUAGAUGAGUCAUCUGGACUUGGGAGGCUGGCCAAGCAAAAACCAAAGAAGAAGAGGAGACCUGAGUCCAGACAGUACCAGACAGCAAUAAUCAUUGGCCCCGACGGUCAUCCACUGACAGUCUAUCCCUGCAUGAUUUGUGGAAAGAAAUUUAAAUCCAGAGGUUUCUUGAAAAGGCACAUGAAAAACCACCCGGAGCACCUUCUUACGAAGAAGAAAUACAGAUGCACAGACUGUGAUUACACUACGAAUAAAAAAAUAAGUUUACAUAACCACUUGGAGAGUCAUAAGCUGACCAACAAAACAGAAAAGCUUAUUGAAUGCGAUGAGUGUGGGAAAACCUUCUCUCACGCGGGAACUUUAUUUACUCACAAGAUGGUGCACAGGGACAAAGGAGUUAAUAAAAUGCACAAGUGCAAAUUCUGCGAUUAUGAGACAGCAGAACAAGGGUUACUGAGUCACCACCUUUUGGCUGUCCACAGCAAGAACUUUCCUCACAUUUGCGUGGAGUGUGGCAAAGGGUUUCGCCACCCGUCGGAGCUCAAGAAGCACAUGCGGAUCCACACUGGCGAGAAGCCCUACCAGUGCCAAUAUUGUGAAUACCGCUCUGCCGACUCCUCCAACUUGAAAACCCACGUAAAGACUAAACACAGUAAGGAAACGCCGCUCAAGUGCGAUAUUUGUUUCCAGACUUUUUCAGAUACCAAAGAGCUACAGCAGCAUACGCUUAUGCAUCAAGAAAGUAAAACACAUCAGUGUUUGCAUUGUGACCAUAAAAGCUCAAACUCGAGUGAUCUGAAACGACACAUUAUUUCAGUCCACACAAAAGACUAUCCUCAUAAGUGUGAUAUGUGUGAUAAAGGCUUUCACAGGCCUUCGGAACUGAAAAAACACGUGGCGGCUCACAAAGGUAAAAAAUUGCACCAAUGCAGACAUUGUGACUUUAAAAUUGCGGAUCCGUUCAUUCUGAGUCGCCACAUACUCUCAGUUCACACAAAGGAUCUUCCAUUCAGGUGCAAGAGAUGUAGAAAGGGCUUUAGGCAACAAAAUGAGCUGAAAAAACACAUGAAAACACACAGUGGCAGGAAAGUUUAUCAGUGUGAGUACUGUGAGUAUAGCACUACAGACGCCUCAGGCUUCAAACGGCACGUGAUUUCCAUUCACACAAAAGACUACCCUCACCGGUGUGAGUAUUGCAAGAAAGGUUUCCGAAGGCCUUCCGAGAAGAACCAGCACAUUAUGCGACAUCAUAAAGAUGUUGGGCUGCCUUAAAGUCUCUUUCACAGACUUAUGGCUGGAAUUAUAAAGGAAAUUUGCCUUUUAGGCAGUUAGCUUAUUUUAAAGCCAAUCACCUGCGAUCACACACACAGAAAAAAAAAAACCUACAAAAAAAAACAAAAACAAAAAAAAUACUGUGCAUUUGAUUUGUUGCUGUAUAAAAAUAGGAUUAUUGCUUGUAGUUGACUUUUAUACCUUUUGUUCAAUAGCGUGUUCUGAAUUCUAUUCAGUUUGUUUAAUAAAUGAAGAAAAGAUGGCAACAAUAAAGUUGCAUUUAAUAAAGUAAACCCUGUCUCUUACUGAAUUUUUCAACCGUAAUAGUUUAUUUAAGUAUAUUUAUCUUACUGAUCUCGUUGAUACUCACAGUGUCCAUGUUAAUGCAGUUUUGUCGUGAAUUUUAAAAAUACAAAAUUUCUCUUGAUAAAAUUGUCAGAGGUGUGUAUAAAAUGGGGAAUUGUCAUGUUGACAGUAAAGUCACUAAGGCCCACCUGAUUGUCCUGUUUUAACUAUACAGACUUCAUGGCAGGUUAACUAUUUUCCAGUUGAGGAGUUACAAGUCUCACUUUGUGUUUUUAUUCUGGUUUCAGAGAGAAAAAUAUUUUUAGAAAUGGUUUGGGGCGGUUUUUGUCUUUCCUGGGCAAAUUCAAAAUAUGCGCAAAUAUUACAUUUAUUGUUCUGUGCUUCUUUGUCUUUGAAAGGUUUUGUGUGUUACAAGAGUUGGGUUUUUUCCACUUUAUUCCUGUCUUAAAUGUUGGAAACGUAAAAUACUCUUGUUCCAUUUGCAGAGUUAACAAUAGAUCACAACUGUCUGUAUGUGCUGGUAAACGUACCUCAAACUUUAUGCUUUUAUGUAUGUUGGUAUUUCUUUGAAAGAGCAGUUUGUGGUUCAGGUCACAUUUUUGUUGUUAAUUGUUUUAGAAUAGAAUUUAAGACCAAGAGGUGCCUCAAUUUUGGAAACCAGAUAUUUACAGUGAGAGCUUAAGAAGGGCACAGAGUGGAGCAGAUGAGUUCAUAAGGAGUAGAGACGUUGUAACGUAGAUAUCCUUAAUAAGAAAAGUAUCUUAUGAUAGAUGCAGUUCUGUUACUAAAUUAAAUGUUUUUCCUGAGCCAUUAUAGCUGUGUUCAGUGGCUGUUUAAUAAUUAGUACUGUAUCCAGAAUUAACCCAGUUCUUUCAAUCUGUUUAUAAACAGCUGGGAGAACAUUACAAUUAUUAGAUGCAAUUUUGCCACCUGAAGACUAUUAUAAAGUAGCUCCGUAUCAUUUGCUAAUUGCAGUGUAAAUGUACCAAGCACAAAGUCAUGUACUUUAACAACAACCUUGGAGCAUAAAACCCAAACCAUUUUAAUUACAGGCCAGAUUUUAGGACAUGGCCCUGCUCCCCUUGCUCAAAUUCUCAUCCCAGCCACUGAUGAUGGAUUGCAGAAUUCAGUCCUGGCUGCCUGCCAGAUUAGGGUAGAUCUGUAACCAACAAUUCCCUAAUGGAAAGGCUUCAGAGACUGGACCAGUGUUAAUUCCUGUUUCUAGGCAGGUGAAUUUCCAUUUGAACUCAAACAGGAAUUUUAGCGAUAGUUUCAAGUUUGGGAUGAGAGAGGGACAAAGGUUUCCUUUCUGGAUGCGCAUCUUCAAGGCCUUUUGUAAUUUGUCUUGUUACCAAGCCCUGCCCUACUGCUCAUCCCUGCUGUCUCACUGUAAGCUGAAAUUCUUGUCUGUAGUGUGCAGUUCAGGAGAGUCCAAUGCCAUGUCACUGUUGUAGGAUGUUUUUUUCUUUCUUUGCCUGCUUGCAGUGCCCCCACACUUGCUGGGUGCUCUUGUGUAAUGUUGCUACUACAUGACCCUAGCGUGUAAUUCCUGGCUGUGCUGCAUUGUGCCUUCCUUGAAAUCCCCGCUGAAGCCAGUGGAUUCCCUCCGUGGCCGUAGUGUCCGUUGCCUGCUGAUGCCAAACCAGAUGCAGUAAAACCCAGCAGAGAUUCCCACUCGCUUCUUGCAAAAUACUUGCCUGUGACUACUUUUUUUUUUUUUUUUCCUCUCUUAUGUUCAAGCAUUUUCUAACUGGAAACCUGGAAAGUGUACAAAAUCUGCAAAAAAUCCCAUAGUAGUGCUGAGGAUUUUAGCCAUUUUGAACUUUAUUUUUUUAAAUAAGCUGAAAGACAAAGAACACAAUUUUACGCAUUUUCUUUCUCUUACGUAGCCUGGAAUCAUACACACUUUUUUUUUUUUUUUUAAAGCACAAUGUUGAAACUUUUUUUUUAAUAAUUAAGGGUUUGGUCAAGUGGAUUUUGUAAAAUGUAUUUGUCUGUAUAAAGAGAAAAUGAAGUUAUAGUUAUUGUUAAUGUACUGACAUUAGUUACAGGUUAGUUUUAAUUCUUAAAUAAUUUGCUUAGCAAAUGCUAUAAAAUGGAUGUUUCAGUUUAAUGUUUAAAAAAGGUACAGAUUUUUACAAGGACAUAAUAUAAAUUAUUGUUCUGUAGAAAAUACCCUGUUAAAUAUUGUAUAUGUCCUUCCCUCUGUACACUUUGUAAAAAAGACAAAAGAAAAAAACAAAAUACAUAGAACCAUAUAGGGAUGUGUGACAUUAUUGUAAUUGUGUACUUGAUAAUAACGUGAAAAAAUAAAAUUCAAAAUAUUUUCCUUUUAA